UAUGUCUCAUAUUGGAGUGUUUGGUGGGCUUUUAUUUUUAAAGUAAAUACCACAACGGCCGUACACUUCCUUUGAUAGUAUUUGCUUGUAUUGACUGUCUUUUUGUAUGCACCCGACGAAUGCUUUUAUUUGAAACUAGUUCUGAGACGCUAUUACCGUAAUGGCUAGUAUAUACAGGUACGGCAAAAAACUGAGUCGGCUGGCUUGACCGCCGAUCUUGAUGAGUCGGCUGGCUUGACCGUAGUCCCACACCGGUACCCUACUACCCACACCGGACUGGAUUCCUUUCACGCCGGUUGAUAGACGUGCCAGGCGUGAGCUAAAUAACGGCUGUAGAGUUUACUGUGGGUCAAAUGGAUUUGGUUUGCAGAGGGGACAAUCUACACGACAGCAGCAGUAGCACAGAAAAUGGAAACGUCAAUGCCCCCCGGGCCGUCAGUGAUCCCUCGCUGAUUGCCCGUCGUACCCUGCCAUACAUGGUGGACGAGGAGAAGACCUGCCGACCCACACCUUACUGCAGCUCUGUCCAGAAACAGAUCACGCCAUGCAUGAGACAAGUCCUGGCAAUGUGGAUGUUACGGGUUUGUGAGGAAGAGUUGUGCGAGGAACAGGUCUUUCCACUGGCCAUCAGUUACCUGGACAUUUAUUUGAGCCGUAUCCCCACGGAAAAGGACCAUUUGCAACUCUUGGGAUCCGUUUGCAUGUUCUUGGCUUCCAAAUACCGGGACACUGUUCCACUCGGUGCCAGCAAGCUCUGCUUCUACACAGACAACUCAAUAUCACUCUCAGAAAUCGUGCAGUUGGAAGUCGCGCUGAUCUCGGUCCUGGGAUGGGAGCUGGCCACUGUGUCACCCAGUGAUUUCCUAGAGCCCAUCCUGCGGGCUCUCCCGUUUGCUGCUUCCCUCGACCUCAAGUCCGUGCUCUGCCAUCUUCACUCCUUUAUAUACCUGGCAGCCGUUGAGAACCAGUUUGUGUUGUUCCAUCCCUCCACCAUUGCAUGUGCCUGUGUGGGGAUUGCCAUGCAAAGACUGACACUCCUCCAAGACAGGUUCUCCUGUGAUUCACUUUUGCAGCACUUGGCCGAACUUUUGGUCAUUGAUCUGGACUCCAUUCAGCACUGCUACCGUGCUCUGGAGAGCAAAGUGGUGCUCAGACUGCUCGCAGGCCGGGGCAGCCCCCGGCUUAGCGCCCCCCAGCCAGCCAGCAAGCCAGCCAGCCCACAGCUUAGCGUCCCCCAGCCAGCCAGCCAGCCAGCCAGCCAGCCAGCCCCAACCCCACUGACAUUCAGGAUGUUCUGCUAACACCUGUGGCUUAGACAGGUGGCUUGUCUGAAGGCCCCUUUAUGGCCAUGCGCAAGGCUAGAGUUAAGCUUGAAAAUGAUCAAACACAAUGAAUUAAAACUAAAUGGCUCUGUUGGCUGAAGGCCCCUUUAUACAGCGUAAUCCUAACGUGCAAUGUUUGAUGAAAGAGGUGUAAGGUUUAUUGCUAGGCUGUUUAAAUAUUCUGAAUAAUCUAUUUAAUGCAUACUAUUAAAUGCAACACUUGGAAAAAUGGUUCUAGGGAUUUGUCUCUUUACGGGUGCACUCACACUAGGCCAUCUGGCCGUGGCCGUUGGCCGUCGCAACUGUGGCCUGGCCCAUGGACGUAUUAUAGAAUGGACAACGGAUUCCAAAAUGACGCCUAUUCACUCCUAUGUAAACUGCUCAGUGGCGCAGGGCAACAUCAAGGAGCGAUAUGCUUCCGCAUCAUGGGUCUAUGGCUACGCCCUAUUUCAUGACGUACCGGAUGCAGAAAAAUGGAUUGAUCGAUGACUAUCUUCUCAAGUGAGUUUGGUGGAAAGGCCGAAAUGUUUGCAUGAUCAUCUAUUUAUAGAGAACGGAUCCAUCCGCCACUCUCACUGCUAGUUCCAUGUGCGCAUCGUCGGCUCAUCGAAAUC